UUAUCCUUGUGACCAGGCACAAAAACUACUAAGCACAUGUCUGAAGCUUAGCCACAGAAAGAGACAGAGACAGAAGGAGGGAGAUGGGGGGUGGGGCAGAAAGGGAAGGCAUUCUUCGAUCAGUGCACAGAAAUAUGUUUCUCCAAAAGCUGCUGGUGUUCUUCAGUACGCAAAUUGCUAAAGUUUUGGGGAACAUCUACAUAAGGAAGUACUACCAUCUCUGGCUGGCCUUCCUUGUGACCUUUGGGCCGCUGUUGCAGUUCUACGCCAACCCCAAGGCUAUCUUUGCCAAAAAGAAUAAUUACUUUAACAUAUAUUUUGUAUAUUCCGGAUGGGGCUGGACUUGCAGCUUUCUGGGAGGUUUCAUCUUUCUGCUUGCCUAUCUUUCCACUCGUCGAAUCCUUACUGCUCUGCGACACUUGAGCCGUCUGCUGGUGGGAACCCUCAUCUGGUUUGCGAGCACAGAGACAUUUUUCUUCAUUGAAAAUAUUACUGGUUCCUGUAUUCAUCCUGUCAGUGAGGGACUGCUUCUUAACAACAUCACCAACAAAAGGGAAUGCUUAAAGGAAGGACAUCAGUGGAAUGGUUAUGACAUAUCUGGUCAUACAUUUCUACUCAUCUAUUGCUCCUUCGUGAUUGUUGAAGAGCUCCAUGUUUUCUAUUUCUACCUACAGCGUGGCAAACCUGCUGGCGUGCCCUUACACCUCAUCUUCUUACUAAACUGCAUCCUGCUUUGUCUGUGGAAUAUAAUGCUGCUCAUCACUGUAGUUUAUUUCCACCAGUACUCAGAAAAGAUAGUUGGGGCUGCCAUUGCCACAGUCUGCUGGCAUUUCACAUACAACAUCUGGUACCGUACCCGAUGGUCCCCAGGGAGGCCUGGACACCGCCUGUUUACAAAAGUUACCUUCAUGUGCAAACGAAACUGAGUCCUAGCAGACCAUCAAGACUGGCAAAGCAUUCAGAUGACAUGAAUGAUGGUUUCAUAAUGUUAUUUAACUUAUCGGGAGAUACAGUUCAAUUUGAUGUGAAUCCUGCUGAGGAAAUUUCACUAGGAAUACAGCAGUGAGAGUGAAAAACACAGAAUAAAUGGAAAUUCUGAGCACUAUACAUUCUUCAUCGACAACAUCCUGAAGGGUAUAGUUGCACAAAACAUGUAGGAUGAACACAACUGCAUUAAAUUACCUGUGUCUCAUUUUCAUUGUGAUCCUUUACAUGUAUGCAUUACCCUGGUUUCUGUACCUCUGACAUGGGCUUUGUUCAUGCACCAUACUUUGUCAUGUGACCCCCCCCAUAUAUAUUCAUAUGCAUACACAUGCACUAUUGUCAUACACAUGCACUAUUGUAUUUCCUUCACCAUUUUGCAAACUGCUCUCCCAAGAGAUCAAAACCUCAAAGCUUGACUAGAGGUUGCAUUGCCUAUGUGCCUCUCUGUUUUCCCUGGAACAUCUUUAGCACAUAAUGCAUCCGCCAUUGUACUCUCCCAGCAUGCUUAGCUAAGGAAAGAUAUGGAAUGUAGUAAUGGUAGUGGGUAAUACAUACACAAAAAUAGCUCACAGACAAGUACUUGGAUGACUACAGUGUCCUGUAACUUUCUGCUGUGACUGAAAUCCUUCUCUUGUAUAUAUAAAAAUCAGUAUCACCUACUGUUCCCCUUUCUGCUAACAAACAUAUAAACAGUAAAGCAAUAUAGAAAUAAAGCAUUUUACUCAGUUUUGAAAUCUAAGUUCUUUAUUUAGAGUUAAUGAGUAAAAUCUCAGUGUUACAGUGACUAAGAGCAACCCUUACUAGUGCUGUAACACUGAUGUUCCUUACAACUGUGUGCCAGGUGUAGCAUUAAGUUUUACACCUUCAUAAAUCAUUUUUAUCUACUUAUUUUCUUCUUUUUUUUCCAAACCCCAAUCUUUUGACUUCUCGUAGCAGUUAGUCAUACAUUCCUGUGUACCACACUGAGCUCUCCCUUGUGUCAAAUGCAAUAGUUAGUGUUGCUAGGUCCUGUGUUUGACCUGAGAGGUGGAUAGAGUACUUCUGACAUAGUUCAUGUGAAGGCUACAGGAACAGGACAUAUGCCUACUUAAACAACUCCCUCUUGAGGAUAUAGCAUGUAAUUACAUUGAACCACAUUGCAUAUACAAUACUGUGUGUGCUGAGAGGCAACUGUCACUAUACCCACGCCUCUUUGGUGGCAGCUGUUGGGUCUGUUUCUUGUUCCCUAGUAUUUUGGUCAGGGAACUGUGAAACUCAUUGGCCUUUGAAAUUCUUCCUUUUACUACUCCAUUGGUAAGAGUAAAGGUAUGAGCUAUUCAGUCAAAAUCCCCUCCUCCUCUAGCCUGCUUGACUACUAGUCAGAGUUGGAAAUUGAACCCACAUUCUGGGUUCUAUUAUUAACGUGCCGUAGAGUUAGCUUACAUCCAUGUAGUUCAUAUGGGGUGACUGUGGAGACCAGUACGGCAUCUGUAUUCAUGUAAAACUUCAUGCUUAGAGUAUUUAAGGGUUUGAUAUCAUUUCCAGUUUGUUUUUUGUUAACAUCCAUGUUGAAGUAACCAUGUUUUCAUCAUGAUAAUGUUGAGUGCAUGUAAUGUAUAUAAGAUGCUUCAGGCAUUUCUUCAUUAAUUGGUACAGUUGCUUAAGAUGAAAAAUAACUUAUUGUAGUAAAUCUGUGGUAUGCUCAUGGGUUUGGAAGUUUUGCCUUUUUACAUGAUUUUCAAUAUGGUACAUAUGUUACAUUCUGAAACAGGUAAAUGUGUCUCAGUAUUAAUGUGUCAGUAAUAAUCAAUGUGGAACAUUAUUUAGUGUAUAUUUAGAUUAAGCUAUGUGUAUUGACUUGAAAUAUUUGAUUAUUUUUAUAAUGAACAAAUCACGCUAUUAACUGGUUGCCAUUUGUAAUAUCUGAAAAUCUUUUCUACUGAAGUUAUUUGUUAAAUAUACCUACUGGAUUUAUACUCUGAAUACAUAGGUAGUACUAAUGCACAUUUCUAAUAGCAAACAGCUAUGCCUUCUACAAAGAUAUGUAAUUCAUAAGAUACAGCACCCAGUUAAUCAGUAAAUAUUGUCAACUUCAAAAUCAAAUGCAUUGGUCAAGAAAUAAAAUAAAAUAAAGAA